AAAAGGAAAGCUAAACUCCACCAUACUGAAGACACUGGCCGUUCCGAUACUGUUACCUCUCAGCCUCCGAGUCACUCAGGACUGCCGGUAUUGCCAGGCUCAUGGGCUCGACAUCAUUGGCCCAAACCUGUUACAGUUUACGAGCCUCCCAUCUACUACAAACUACCUCCUAAGCAGUACUGUCAUCGUCCGCAUCGGUAUUGGCACCAUGGUAUCAAACAGCUCAUUGAUCUGAAUUGUAUGCGGUAUUGGUUGCAUACUACUAUCCUUCGGACUUGUCUGCAUCCUCAUCUCCUUGAUACCAUCCUCCCUAUUACUAUGGCCAGUCCUCCGACAAUGAGAGCAUUUCCGUCUCGGUACCGAAGUCCCGUAAGAAGAAUCAUAAGCAGCACACACAGGCUGCCUUGGUCCCGUCGACCUUGAUACCGAAGAGAUAUAAAUAAUAUCUCCAGCCUCCUGUACCUGCCCCUUCUCGGGACUGUGAUAAGCUUGGUUAUGAAAGUUCAUAAAAUGAUUUAUUGAUGGGAUUUGUAAUCACAAAGUUAGCCAAAAUGAAUUCAUCUUGUUUCUGUGUGUGAGUUGAGAGUGGAAAUUUCCAAAGUUGAUUUCUAGUUGUGCCUCUGUACUGUCCAGCGUGGCCUUAUCUCGUAAUUAAGCAACCUGGCUAGUACAGGGUGAGGAAGACUAAACAAUUUUUCCUUAAGUCUCAUGGGAACAAGAAAGGAGGAGAUUCCACCACGAGGGAGACGGAAGAUGGAUGCUAACAUACAGGACUCGGCAUGGACUAUCUAAUUCAAAGGACAGCUUUCAAAACCAAGGAUGGCUAUAUCGUGGUGGGAGCAGGAAAUGAUCAACAGUUUGCCACUGUUUGCAAGAUCCUGAAUUUGUCCAAAAUCAGCCAUGAUCCCAGAUAUAAAAACAACCAGCAGCGAGUGUUAAAUAGGAAGGAACUCAUUGGAAUUUUAUCAGCCAGGUUUUUGGAAGAAGAGACUACCAAAUGGCUGGAACUUUUCGAAGGUAGUGGUGUUCCAUAUGGUCCAAUUAAUAGCAUGAAACAAGUGUUCACAGAUCCUCAGGUGCUGCACAAUGGGCUCAUCAUGGAGAUGAAUCAUCCAACAGUUGGGAAGAUUGCUGUUCCAGGAUCAGCCAUAAAGUGCAGCCAGUUUGAAGUGUCGAAGCCAAAACCACCACCUCUUCUUGGUCAGCAUACAGUAGAUGUACUGAAAGGUGUUCCUCUGGCUGCAGCUAUCCUCAGAAUUAACUUUUCAUCCAGAAAGAGGGCAUUUGUUUUCUGCCGCUACACCACAGCCCAUCCAAAAGCAAGCGACUGGGAAAUUAACCAGAAAUCCAGCUCCUCCGCAUGAGAAAAGAGGCCUCAAACACAACCCUGAU